CCACGGUCUCCGACCUGGGAGAGCUUCAAAUCAACCUAAAUUAUAUUGUCUACACCACUGAUACCGCCUCCGAACAACCAUUCCUCCGACGCGUCGCCAAGGUUGACAAAGACUUCCACACUCUCGCUCCCACCUUCAAGAACAACCAAACCCAGACAAACCACAUCCCGAGCUCAAGAAACCGAUACAACCGCAAAGAUGUCUAGUGAGAAGGCGAGCAAUCCGAAGGAUAAGUUAGAGGCCCAGAUCAAGUCGGCAGACAUGGUGAGCGAAACGUUUCGAUCUGACGUGAUAUCAUGCCACCGGAAGCAACGUCACUGACAGAUCGAACAGAGCGAGGACAUGCAACAGGAGGCAAUUGACACUGGUAUGGGCUCACAUUCUAACGACAAGAUCAAUGUAAUAUUCCACGGGCCACAGCUAAUCGCGUCAACAGCACAAGAAGCUAUGGCAAAGUUCAGCAUCGAGAAGGACAUUGCAAUGCAUAUCAAGAAGACCUUCGAUGAGCGCAAGGGCCCUACCUGGCACUGCAUCGUCGGUCGCAACUUCGGCUCGUUUGUCACCCACGAGACGAAGCACUUUAUUUACUUCUACCUCGGCCACUACGCUAUCCUCCUCUUCAAGACCCAGUAAACUUCAUUCGAAUUCGAUUCCGUUCGGCGUACAGGCAUGGCGAAUUCCAGCUUGGGCUGGAGGAACGGGCAUUGGGUGAAUAUGCGGUGUUCUUCCGUCUGGAAGUCUGGAAUGUUAGAUGCUUUACAUGCAAAUGAUCAAUGGUCUGGAGAAUUUACGCGGCAAUGGAUGAUAACGCGAUACGCGCCAAUAAAUGAAUUGAAGCGUUGAACUACACAUCUUGAUUCCUGCCUUGAAAU